ACACGCUGACAGCCCAACAGAGGAGCUAUUGUUAGCCGAGCACCGGGGCAGCGGGCAGGUUGUUCCGGGCUUGAUCCACUCAGUCCUCCCUCCUUACCUGUUGAAUAUUUACAGCGUUUAUCUGCCAGCCAGGGCCGAGGAACAAAGUUCGGCCGUGCUCAGGUGAGUGGAGGAACCGAGGAGGAGGAGAAGGAGGAGGAGGAGGACGGAGAGAAGGAGGAAGUAAAUAGGGACUCGUCCACCGCGGGGCUUCAACAGGUUAGCUACUUCAAUGUUCUAGCGGCGGCUCGGACCUUUCCACCUUCACACGACGAAAAACAACAAGAACAAGAGGAGAAAAUGCCGCUGGGACCGUGGAGGAAGAAAAACAAGUCGACGAAAGAGCAUUUGGUGGAUAAUGAGGAGGUGAGCGGCGGACACGCAGGUGCCGGAAGCUUCGGUAAAUCCUCCGUGAACGGAGCCGCCGGGCUCCCGCCUCCACCUGCCAACCUGCGGCCCAAGCUGGUGUUCCACACGCAGCUGGCGCACGGCAGCCCCACCGGCAGGAUCGAGGGCUUCACCAACGUCAAGGAGCUGUACGGGAAGAUAGCGGAGGCAUUCAACAUCAGCGCCCCAGAGAUCCUGUUCUGCACGCUCAACACCCACAAGGUGGACAUGGACAAGCUGCUGGGGGGCCAGAUCGGCCUGGAGGACUUCAUCUUCGCUCACAUCAAGGGGAUCAAGAAGGAGGUGGAGGUGUUCAAGCGGGAGGACGCCCUGGGCCUCACCAUCACCGACAACGGAGCGGGCUACGCCUUCAUCAAGCGCAUCAAGGAGGGCAGCGUGGUGGACGGCGUGAAGGUGGUGUGCGUGGGCGACCACAUCGAGUGCAUCAACGGCCGCAACAUCGUGGGGACGCGGCACUUCGAGGUGGCCCGCAUGCUGAAGGAGCUGCCACGCGACCAGAGCUUCACCCUCAAGCUGGUGGAGCCCAUGAAGGCCUUCGAAAUGCUGGAGCCCCGGUCGAGGGGCGCCAAACCGGCCGGUGAGAACAAGGUGGGCACGGGGAAGGGAACGCUGAGGCUCCGCUCCAAAGGCCCGGCGACCGUGGAGGACGAGCCCACAGAGUUCGAGGAGAAGGCCAUACUGAAAGUGGACGACCUCCUGGAGAGCUACAUGGGCAUCAGAGACACGGAGCUGGCCGCCACCAUGGUGGAGGUCGGCCGCGACAAGAAGAACCCGGACGAGUUCGCCAUGGCGCUGGACGAGAGCCUGGGGGACUUCGCCUUCCCCGACGAGUUUGUCUUCGACGUGUGGGGCGCCAUUGGGGACGCCAAGCAGGGGAGACUUUAAGAGUGGCGGCCAUUCUGCCACCGCCGCUGUCCCCCCCCCCCUACACACACACACACACACACACACACACACACACUUCCAGUUCACCUCUUACUAUCCUUGGAAGCCAACUGGACAAACUGGAAGCAGCCCCGGCGGGGGUGGAGGAAGUCUUCUUCCAUCACGUUGUUCUUGGCGCCGCUUCGCUCUCAGCCGGUGAGCCUGUGGCGAAGUCCUGGCAGAGAUGGCCUCGACGCCCGGAGCCCGGCUCUGCCCCCGCCCCACCCCACCCCUCCACCCCCAGCGGGCUGAAGAGUUGGCGCUUCAUUCCAGAUGUUGUAGUCGGGCCAGACGCCGCUGCUCUCAUGAAACCUUAAUGCUGCCGUCUGCCUGUCACACUGCAGCCACCGGGGGGGGGGGGGGGGGGGGGGGGGGGGGGGGGGUCACACUAGUAGAAAUGGUACGUGCACAACCUUAAAUCUUAAAAACACUCAGUCUUGAUCACCUUUUCCAGCUGUGUCAUUGUGAAUAUACAGAUGUGUCACAGCUUUUUAUAGGUUUUUCUUUUUUUUUUUUUUAACGUGGAGAGUGCUGCUGAUUUUGCAGCAGCAGAUCUGUGUAAUUUGAGCGAUUGUAGGGACUGUAGCAAUACCUCCUUUCUACAGCAACAUUUUUAUUCCCCUCAAGUGGUUUAAACAUUUUAGCUGAGGCCAAGUUCACUGUGCUAGUGAUCUUUAUUUUUUUUCUAAUCUCUGCUUUUAGUCCGUCUGUCUGUCAGAGAAAAGUCUAUUUUCUACACAUUCCUGAUCUUUUAGUUGUAAAGUGUCAAUAAGCUGAAACAUAUUUAGAGAUGCACACUGUCUGCAGUGUAUCUCAUUGAAUCUAAACGUACGGCGAUUUCAGAGGACGAACGGACCAAUAACAAUCCACCGUCUCCAACAUCUGCACAGACUGUCAGACUGAGAUUAAGAGCGACUUGAUUGAUCGUCUCGUCUCUUUGCAGAGGCCGUGUGUCGUCUAUAAAAAAAAAAAAAAAAACACCAUGAGGGAUCACUGCUGUUGCGUAGGCAAUAAAAUGUGAUGUUUUAAA